UCGCGCAAAUACGUUUAUUGGCGUUAUUGGGCAAAUGAUUCUGGUAAUUGUGCCCUUCCCUAAAUUAAAGAAAGCAAAUAUUGUAUAUACAUAUUGAUUUUCAAACAAUUAACUGCAUUUAUUUUUGAAAAAGCUUUUUUAAAAAAUGGAGAAUGAAAAUAAACCAGAUAGCAUUGAAAGUCUUUCGAAAGAAGCGGAGCAAUUAAAAAAAAGACUUGAGGAGGAAAGGCAAAAACUAAACGAUGUUACAUUGGAGUCAGUAGCAGAACGUUUGGAUUGUGUGAACUGCACAAAUAUAAAACCCAGACGUACAUUAAAAGGACAUCAAGCUAAAGUACUUUGUUCGGAUUGGUCUCCAGAUAAGAGACAUAUAGUUUCAUCUUCACAGGAUGGUAAAAUGAUUAUCUGGGAUGCUUUCACCACUAACAAGGAGCACGCGGUAACAAUGCCGACCACAUGGGUAAUGGCUUGUGCUUACGCACCAUCAGGCAACUUAGUCGCUUGCGGGGGAUUGGAUAACAAGGUGACAGUUUAUCCACUCAGUUUAGACGAGGACGUAUCUCUGAAAAAAAAAACAGUUGGGACUCACACGAGUUAUAUGAGUUGUUGUAUUUUUCCCAAUUCUGAUCAGCAGAUUUUAACGGGCAGUGGAGACUCCACUUGUGCUUUAUGGGAUGUGGAAUCUGGGCAGCUUCUUCAAAGUUUCCACGGCCACUCUGCUGAUAUUAUGUCUGUAGAUUUGGCACCAUCAGAAACGGGAAAUAUGUUUGUUUCAGGGAGUGUGGACAAAAUGGUCCUUAUUUGGGAUAUGAGAACAGGUCAAUGUGUGCAGUCAUUUGAAGGCCAUGAAUCGGAUGUUAACAGUGUUAAAUUUCAUCCAAGCGGUGACGCAGUGGCUACAGGGGGGGACGAUGCAACGUGUCGAUUAUUUGAUCUCCGAGCUGACAAAGAAAUUGCCGUGUACAGCAAAGAAAGCAUUAUAUUUGGCGCAAAUUCGGUUGACUUUUCUGCUUCAGGUCGCUUACUUUUUGCUGGUUAUAACGAUUAUACAGUCAAUGUUUGGGAUACUCUGAAGUGUGUCCGGGUAUGGUUGCUUUACGGUCAUGAAAAUAGGGUGUCAUGUCUCCAGGUAUCGCCAGAUGGCACAGCAUUAUCGACAGGAUCAUGGGAUUAUACUUUACGUGUAUGGGCUUAAUUCGAUAGAGAACAAUUUAUUCUCAUUUAGCAAUGAGUAGUUCUAAUUAGGAUAUAUAAAACUUUCCGUAAUCAGAACAGUUUUUCUUUCAACUUUCCAUCAGAAUUGGUUGGAAGUUUCCGCAGAAUUG